UUGAUGAGAGACUUGAGGUUACUGCGUGAGGAUCAGUGAUGGCACUUACUCGGAGAGGUGGAUGUAUGACGAGCUCCUACACAGCGAAAGCUUGAUCGGUCUCUUCCACCUUGUCGGGACGGCUGAUUUUCUGAAUUUUGAGUCACUGGACGCUUUUAUCCUCCACUAUGUGGAAGACAAAUCAGAAGAAGAGAUAUCUUAUAUGGUACGCAAUGAAGAACUCAAGUCUCUCCUCAAAAUUAUCAAGUUUGCUCGUUUUUAUCUGAAAAAUCCCGACAAGCUGUUCUCUGCGGUGCUCCCCCUUGUAAAGAAAUCACAAGAAGAGUUCUCCCAGAUGAUUGUCAACAAAGAUUUACCUAGUUUGAUCAAGUUGAUCAAGGUGGCUGAGUACAUUGGUUAUGAGAAUGUGCGCAAAGCUGCACGCAACCAUAUCCUCUCUAAGUCAAGUAACCAACUUUCCCAUGAAAUCCAUAGCCAAAACCUCAAGUCUCUCAUCAAAAUUUUCAAGCUUUCGCUGUGUAGGAGCUCGUCAUACAUCCACCUCUCCGAGUAAGUGCCAUCACUGAUCCUCACGCAGUAUGUUAAAAUCUUCUUGAAGGCUGUGCUUCUCACAAAGUACAUCUCCACCGGCUCACGUAUCCUAUGGAAUCCUUCCUUUGGAACCAUCUUAUUGAACAACUCCCAUGUCUUGCGAUCAACUUCUACAACCUUCUUAUCACUGCAAAUACACUUGACGACUGUAUUACUGUUAUUAGGAUCAUCAUCCACCGCCAUUGGACCUUGAUAAGGUAGCAGAAACGUAGAUUUUCUUUUUUAGGUUCUGCGGCUGACAAGUACACAAGAGAAAGAAUUAUAUAUAUAUAUAUAUAUACCAGAGCCCUAAUUCCACACGACGUCGUUUCACCUGUCGGCAGGACAUAUUUUCCUCUUUUCAAUCCCAUUUUGAAGCCCCAACAUUAGACUUUUAAUAUUACCAAUUUUAAUUGGUUCUAUUUUUACUGUGAUACUAAAACAUAAAAAGGUGGUGGGCUCGUAACUCA